AAUUGACUAAUCUUACGUCUCUAUCAAAAGGAAAGAAACUUUACUCAACCAUUGCUUCUUCUUCCUGCUGCAAAUUGAGUCGCCCAUAAACCUCCCAUAUGAAACCAUUGUGUGAAACAAAACUAGGAUGUUUGAGCUUCGCAUGAAUACCGAUUUGCAUUUGAAUUUCCGUCCCUCGUACCGGAUCGAUUCACAUUUCAAGUAACCCAAACAGGUGUUAUUGAUGUAGAAGAACUUAAAUGGCGGAUGAAAAAGAUGACCCGGUUGCUAUUCGUAUAGAUAAAAAGCUCAAGGCAAUUUCCCCAAUAUCAUCAAACUGUUGCAUUUUCAGAGUACCGAAUUAUCUUCGGAAGGUAAACGAAAAGGCAUACGAACCCGAGGUAGUCGCAAUCGGUCCUUACCACCAUGGUAAACAUCAUUUAAAACCAAUGGAGGAACAUAAAUUCCGGUUUCUCGGAAUGCUGCUCAAUGAAAUGAAGGAGGAUGUCACCAACUAUGUAAUGGUAAUGAGAGAAUCAGAAGAUAGAGCUAGGAAAUGUUAUGCAGAACAGCUUGAUCUUGACACCGACGAUUUCGUCGAAAUGAUGCUCAUUGAUGCUUGCUUUAUAAUUCAACUAAUCCGCAAGUUUGCGAUGACGACGGUGAUGGACGAUCCUUUUUUCAAGAUAGGCGGUUUCCAUGGCAUCCUAUGUCGUGAUUUGUUGUUGGUGGAGAAUCAACUUCCGUUCUUCAUUCUUUGGGAGUUGUUUUGUAUGAUAGAGAUUCCGAAUCCAGACAUAUUCCUAUACAUUACCAUGAAUUUCUUCGGCAUAAUAUUGCCGGGUAAAGGGUGUACUCGAGAUAGCUUAAAAUCGAUCAUGGAGAUCAAGCAUCUGCUCGGCUUGGUAAACGAUUGCUGGCAACCUUCUGAAUCUGAAAUGGUAGCCUAUAGGAAAAAGACUAAACCAAUCGAGUGGAGCUUCAUGCAUUGUGCUACUGAGCUCCAAGAGGAUGGAAUCCGAUUUGAAAAGGCCGAUGGAAGUAGCAUUUUCGAUAUAAAGUUCGAAAACGGGACAAUGAAGAUACCAACAUUAGAAAUCGAUGAUCAUACAGAAUGUUUCUUCCGCAAUGUGAUUGCCUUUGAACAGUUUUUCCCAGGGAGAAGCUUGAAUCAUGUGACUGAUUAUAUGAACUUCAUGGACUGCCUUAUAAACUCGCCGAAAGAUGUGGAAUUACUUCGACGACGAGGGAUAAUUAAUAACUGGUUAGGCAACGACGAAGUGAUCGCCACCAUGUUUAAUCGGCUGGGUGAUUCAGUGAGCAUAUCUAGGUACUCCUUUUACUCUGAAGUUUUCAGCAAUGUGAACGGCUAUUGUAGUAAACAAUGGAACAAAUGGAUAGCAAACUUGAAGCACAACUAUUUUAACAGUCCAUGGGCACUUGUUUCUGUUCUUGCAGCUGUUCUUCUCCUUCUACUUACCAUGGUUCAAACCAUUUUUUCAGUUCUCUCUUAUGUUAAGUAAAUGCUAACCCAUUGGGGCUUCUCGGCAUCAAUGUAAUCUUCUAUCAGAUGUUUGAUUGUCUUUUGAGUUGAUAAUAUGAUAAUUAUAAUUAGUGUCGACAGUUUAUAAUAUAA